UCCGUGUAUUCCUGUACAACCGUACGGUCUCUUGUAAGGUGUGGUUCACUUAAGAACUAUGCUCUCUCAAUAUCAACAGGUGUUUCAAAUUCUUUUUGAAAAAAAAAUCACCGAAAAAUAACCAAAACAUUUUUGUUAUAAUAGGAAUUGAAAGAAGAGAAAAAAAACGCCGUAAAUUGUCGUGUGAAAGUUUUUUGACCUGCGCAUUGGGAUUAUUGUUUUGAAACUAAAAAAGGAAUUUAAGAGAAAAUAUUUCCAAAAAUAUUGUGAAUUUUUACAAUUUAGUGUUUAUUUGUUGGAGUUUAUCAGUGAUAAAGGUGUUGAGUUUUGAAUGAAUUUCUUUUUCAUUGAAACUUGUUAUCGAUGAUCUAUCGAUUGGAUGAUUAUUAGAAAUAAAAAAAAAAGUAGAAGAAAAAUUGUGUCUAGUGUUAUUAAAAAUUUGGAAUCUGGUUUUCAAGUUUGAAGAAAUUUCUCUUCAUUAGACAGUUUUUUGUUGUUGUUCUUUUAUGAGUGUAUAUAUAUUGACGGUGCAGGAAACACGAUCUUUACUUUGGAGAACUAAAGAAUCUUUAGCAACGUCAUGAAAACUCUAAAAAAGUUAUCUCUUGCCAUCUUGCUUUUGGGAAAUCUACUGCUACCAACAAUUGUCGUUGGUUAUUCAUCGGGUGCACCAAAGAAAACAUGUUUUUCAAUGGUACCUGGCCAUCCGAAUACGGCGAGACAAAAUUCACAACCUCCUUAUGAAAUUUGGCCAUCGAGUGCAGGCAAAAGAGUUCGAUUAAUUCUCGGCAGUUCAGAGGGACUUCCGUAUCAGGGCUUUUUUAUUGUUGCCCGAGAUAUUGAUAAUGGACGUUAUGUCGGUGAAUUUUCAAACUUGCCACGUUUGACGAAACACGUUCAAUGCUCCGAAGGUGCUAAUAAUGCAGUAACUCACGUUAGUAAGGAAGACAAGAGGAAUAUGGAAUUCGACUGGCAAGCGCCAGAUAAUUACGAAGGAAAUGUUGUUUUCAACUCAACUUUCCUCCAGGACUAUGCCACGUAUUGGAUUGGGGUGGAAUCCCCGCGAAUAACAGUCUUGAAAAGUUCUGCCGUUGUGGACACUUCUGCGCCUCAAAUGAAAAAUCCUAGAACGACGACUCCACCUUAUUAUCGUCCAACCCCACUGAAUAUCGAGUAUGGCCAGGAUUUAUUUUACGACGGUUGUGGGACGACGAAAAUUUGUUUCGGCGCUCCGUCUGGUUGCGAGAGGGAGAGAAAUUGCAAGGCUGUGGUUGCUGUUAUUGUUCGUGGUGAACGCUACAUUUUUGAAAUGCAAGGAAAAGAUGCUAGAUACGUUGCUGUUGGACUGUCCACUGACAGUAAAAUGGGUGAUGACAGUGUCGUUGAGUGUGUGGACGAGGGAGGCCGAGUUGGUCUUUAUAUGUCCUGGAACACCGGAAGAAGCAACCAACGAAUUCGCACGCCGGAAGGUUCAGUGAAACUUGAAUCAAGCUCGAUUCGUGAUAAUACAGUGUCUUGUACAUUUUCAAGAGAUAAAAGGACCAUUAUUAAUGGACAAGAAUUCGAUCUUGUUCGCACACCUUAUAAACUUCUCGUGGCAUCUGGAACUGGAGUUGAUGUUAACGGCAUUGGCUUUCACGAUAUUGUUUAUUUGCCAUCGUCUGAGGGAAGACUAUUGUCUGACGUCGGUGAAAUAAAAGCGGCCAGUAAUAUUUUAUUCCGAAUCCAUGGCGCUCUGAUGUUAGCUUCUUGGAUUGGUACAGCAUCCGUUGGAAUCCUUCUUGCGAGGUAUUACAGACAGACGUGGGUUAACUCUCAGUGCUGCGGAAAGGACCACUGGUUCGUCUGGCAUCGAUUUUUCAUGAUCAUCACCUGGUUGAUGACGCUCGCAGGAUUCAUUGUAAUUUUCGUCCAACUGGGAAGAUGGAGUGAUGAAACAAUACACGCAUCCUUGGGACUAGCAACUACAAUCUUGUGUUUCAUUCAGCCUUUCAUGGCGGCCUUGAGGCCCCAUCCGGGCGCCCCACGAAGGUCACUAUUUAAUUGGGCCCAUUGGUUCGUUGGCAAUGCCGCCCAUAUCUGUGGAAUAAUUGCCAUUUUCUAUGGAUUCAGUCUUGGAAUAAGAAGCAACCUGACUCCAGAUUGGGUCAUUUGGAUUGUUGUCGCGUACGUGGUUUUCCACAUUCUGACUCAUCUCUUCCUCACGUUUACUGGCUGUAUUUCGGACAGACAAGGAAGUCAGAGAGUUAAUUCCUUCCCCAUGAAAGAUAUGCAUUCACGUGGGUCAAUGUCGCAUCCAGAUGCCAGGCGGGACGCUCCCAGUUCGGGACUGAGAAAGUUGAUCUUUGGUAUCUACUUUGUCGUAAUCGCUAUCUUUGCAGCGGUGCUCAUAGUAAUAGUCGUCCUGGCGCCAAUUGAGGAUACGUGGAAAACCUGGAUGAAUAAAAUUUAAAUUCUCUAUUUUUCUCAAAAAAAAGAAGAGCAAACGUAAUCACAAAAAAAAUUCGCCCAUUCGAAUUUUGCCCUCCUCCCCCCUUGAGGAAAGCGUAUAAAGAAUACAAGAAACAAAUGAUAAGAAUCAUUUUGAGAAAAUAUUUAUUUUUGUAAGUACUUUUUUCCAAAUUCUAUUUAUUCUUAGUUUUAUUCUUAUUUUUGUUAUUUUUAUUCUUUUUUCGUUAUUUGUUUCAUUAUUAUUUUUUUUUUGU